AUGCAUGAAGCUGCCCAACUCUAUCGUGAACUACUGCCUCUCUGUCCAGAGGGUACCUACCUUAGCAUCGCAGCAGGGAAAAAUGGUGUUGAUUAUAUGAUUGGUGGAUGCAACGAAUUUCUAGAAGACGCAUCCAAUGAAGCCGUGUCUCGGUGCCCCGAGGGACAUGCUGACUGUGGUACCUGCCUGCACAACUUGGCCUUCUCACUCACGUCGCGCUUUCGACACCAAGGCAGACCUAAUGACCUCGAUGAAGCCAUCUCUUUGCAUGAAGAGGUGCUGCAUCUGUGCCCUGUUGGGCGCAAAUAUUGUGAUUGCUCAUUGAACAGCGUAGGGCUCACCCUCAUCAUCCGUUUCAACCAACGCGGCGACAUUGAUGGCAUCACCCGAGCUAUCAGCCUCCAUCACGAGGCACUGGCGUUGCACCCACCUGGGCAUUCACAUCGUGCCAUCACACUUAACACCCUUGCCGUCGCACUCAAAACCAAAUAUGACAAAUCACAUGUUAGCGAGGAUCUUAAUGAGACCAUUAAUUUGAAUCGGGAAUGCCUUCGGUCAAAGCAGCUUGACUAUCCACAACGUAGAAAUCUUUUCAAUUUGAGCUCGGCGCUCUGCGCUCAUUUCAUGGAAACUCAGAAGAAUGAAGAUAUCAAGGAGGCCAUUACUCUUUGCCAACAAUCAUUGGCGGCUCUGCCUCCAUUACACCUGGACAGGUAUUUCAGCUACCUGUGGCUGCAAGAAGCCUAUUUGGCUCGUUACCAAAUUCUACGUGGCCCUGCUGAUUUGUCGCUGGCUAUACAGAACUUCAGACUUGCAUCAGGGCACCCUACUCAAGGCUUUCCGGAACAUAUUAAGACCACAUACAAUUGGACCAUUGACGCGGAGCAGCUUGGUGAUGUGUCUGCAUUAGAGGCAUACAGCAUGUGUUUUGACCUUCUUGAUGGUCAUUUGGCAACGCGAUCAUCGACAAUUUCACAACGCGAAGCUGCCGCUGCCUUCUAUUACACGAGAUCCCUGUCCGUAGAUGCAGCCUCAUGUGCUAUAUGUCAUGUCAAUCUACAGUGGGCAGUUGAGCUCGUGGAGCAGGGCCAUGGCCAGCAGUGGUCGCUGGCAUAUCAACUCAGGACUCCAGUCGAAGACCUCGAGUCAACAAAUCCGAAACUGGCAUGCAAUUAUUUGGAGCUGAGCAAGCGUGUUUCCAAUGCAGCCCAGAGUUCUGCAACCAUCACCGACAGAGCUGCUGCUGAUCUGGAAGCAGUCGAGUAUAGGAGACUUACAAGGCAAUGGGAAGCAGCUGUAGCUAGGAUAUGUGGUCUUCUGGUGUUUUCGCGGUUUCUGCUUCCACCUGCAUAUGAAGAUUUGCAAGCGGCAGCGCGCCAAGGCCCAGUCAUUAUCCUCAUUGCGAGUCAAUACUCUUGCAGCACCAUCAUCAUCCUGACAUCAGGAGACCCCCGCCAUGGAAAUAUGAAGUCGAGGACCGAUCUAAUAGUGCUUUUGCGGAUAAUAUGGGACCAGAUCAUGCUACCCAUCGUUGACGUACUCGAGCACAUCCUCAAACUACAGCACCUCUCUCGAAUCUGGCUGUGUCCCACUGCAGCUUUCACGUCCAUCCCUCUCCAUGCAGCUCACCCGUUUCAAACAAAGGCAGAUCAUUCUGGAAAGGAGCCAUGCCUGGAGGAUCUCUACAUUUGCUCUUACACGCCGACACUUUCUGCUCUGAUCAGAUCUAGAUGGUUGAUGAAGAAGUGCAGAGUGCUGCCGUCCUUUGUGGCAAUCAGACAGGGUCAACUGGGUGCAGGGAAGGGCAAAGCGCUGUUGGCCGUCGACAGCAAGCUCGAGCUUGUGCAUAAGCUUGUCCCUGCGAUGGUCAACUGCACCACUAUAUCUGGCAAUGAAGCCACACGAGCAGGUGCACUCGAAGCCUUGCAGCAGAACACCUGUGUGCACCUCACUUGUCAUGGCAAGCAGGACCCUGAACAGCCUUACGAUUCGCAUUUCGUUAUGAGAGAUGAACAUUUAACGCUUCUCAAUAUCAUGGAGAAACAUAUUCCGCAGGCCGAGUUCGCGUUCUUAUCAGCUUGUCACACUGCUGUAGGCGAUGAGGAGACGCCUGACAAAGUGAUCCACCUCGCAGCUGGUCUCCAGUUUUCAGGGUUCAAGAGCAUCAUUGGCACGCUGUGGGAGGUUGACGACUCUGUCGCAAAACACAUUGUCGAAGCUUUUUAUGGGUAUAUGAUUGGAGAUUUGCAGAAAGGUGGUGUCAUGGACUGCACAAGGGCGGCGUGGGCACUGAACUGUGCUAUGCACGCAGUGAAGACGAAAGUUCCACUGGAGCAGAGGACGGUUUUUGUCCAUAUUGGUACUCAGAUAGUAGUGGGAGUUAGGCUAGUCAAGCCUACCUGCGCCUUCAAGCUUCACCCCUUCUGCCUCAUCGAACCUCGACUAACCACCACCGAUGUAAUCAAUGCACUGAUGAUCCAAAACGUACGCAUACUUGUGAAGUGCUCGGCACCCCCUCGACUUGCCCUCAAACCUACCUCCCGUUAA